UUGAUGGGCACUGCAUUGAUGGGCACUGGGUGGGCAUAGGCAUAGGUGGGUGGCACUGAUGGGCACAGGUGGGUGGGUACAGGUGGGUGGCACUGCUGGGCACAGGUGGGUGGCACUUCUGGGCAUGGGUGGACGGAACUGGUGGAUGGCACUGCUGGGCACCGAUCAUCAGGGCACUGAUCAUCAGUGCCCUGAUGAUCGGUGCCGAUCCCUGCUCUGACAACUGCCGGUUCUCGGCAGCACUUUAAUCGCGCUCUGACAGCGUGAGGAAAGUGCAGCUGAGAACCGGCAAUUGCAU